GAGCGUUGCGGAAGAACGUCACAUCAGGCGCGGGAAAUUGGCGAGUCCGAGAGUGCAGCAGACUUCUACACUAGCCACACAAAGUAACCUGCGUUGUAAAAGCUUAAGGACACAGUUAAAAUGUCGAAAAUAGAGAAGAUGAGUAUCCUUGGCGUGAGGAGUUUUGGUGUGGAGGACAAGGACAAACAAGUGAUAACAUUCUUCAGUCCUCUGACGGUGCUAGUAGGACCCAAUGGAGCUGGCAAAACGACUAUUAUUGAAUGCCUUAAGUAUGUCACUUCUGGAGACUUUCCACCUGGAAGCAAAGGAAAUACGUUUGUCCAUGAUCCAAAGGAUGCCCAUGAGACAGAUGUACGUGCCCAGAUUCGCCUGCAGUUCAAAGAUGUAAAUGGGGAGCCUAUAGCCGUUCAGCGGUCCAUGCUAAGCACACAGAAGGGCAAAAAAGCAGAGUUCAAAACCCUUGAAGGAGUCAUCACCAGAAUUAAGCAUGGAGAGAAGGUCAGUCUGAGCUCUAAAUGUGCCGAGAUAGACCGUGAGAUGAUCUCGUCUCUAGGCGUUUCGAAAGCUGUUCUCAACCAUGUCAUCUUCUGCCACCAAGAAGAGUCCAACUGGCCACUCAGUGAAGGAAAGGCACUGAAACAGAAAUUUGAUGAAAUUUUCUCUGCCACAAGGUACAUCAAGGUGCUAGAAACCCUUCGGCAGUUGAGACUGAAGCAGUCCAACACUGUCAAGGCCUGUCAAAUGGAGCUAAAAUAUCUGAAGCAGAACAAAGAGAAGGCUCAGGAGAUCAAGGAUCUGCUAUCCACUAAAGAAGCCCAACUAGCGGCUUCUAAAGAGAGUGUGCAGCGCAUCGAAAGCCAGAUUGACCCGCUGGAGAAUCGGCUGAAUGACAUUGACGAUAACCUUGGUAAAGUCAUGAAAUUGGAUAAUGAUAUCAAGGCUCUAGACAGCCGGAAGAAACAGAUGGAAGAUGACAAUCGAGAAUUAGAAGAGAAGAUGGAACAGGUGUUCCAGGGUACAGAUGAGCAGCUGCAAGAGAUGUACCAGAACCACCAGCGCACUGUGAGGGAGAAAGAGAGGAGGCUCACAGAAUGUCAGCGUGACCUAGAGAGGGCAGGUCGAGACUGUCAGAGAAUGAACCGCCUCAAGUCAGACCUACUCAUUGAACAGGGGCGUCUCCAGAUGGAAGCAGACAGACAGGCAUCGCAUGUAAAGAACAGAGAUGUUCAAGUCAAGUCCCUGGCAUCUUAUCUAGAAAUGGAGGGCUAUGAUAGAGCUCCAUUCAAUGAGCGACAACUCCAGAGCUUCCAUAGACAGGUCAAAGAGAGACAGGACAAUGAGACUGAGGCCCUCAACAAGGUCAUGGUUGACAUGCAAGAGAAGGAGACACAGAAGCAGCAGAGCAUUGAUGACAUCCGUGAUAAGAAGACGGGGUUGGAGAGAACCAUUGAGCUGAAGAGGGACAUACAGGCCAAGAAGCAGCAGGAGCUGAAGAACAUCAAGUCUGACCUGCAGAGACUGGAAGGCUCCUCCUCCAGACUGCAGGAGCUGGAGACAGAGCUUACGAAAGCGGAGCGAGAUCUGGAUAAUGCUGUGCAAAGCUCUACAGUGGACAGUCUGAAGGUAGAAGUGCAGGAGCUGCAGAGAGAAAAAGCAGAACUGGACCAGGCCCAGCGUAGAUUGGACCAGGAGAUGGAGACACUCAAUAUGCACACCACAGCACGCACGCAGAUGGACAUGCUCAAAAAGGAUAAGACAGAUAAAGAAGAUCAAGUAAGGAAGAUUAAGUCCAGACACAAUGAAGACCUAGUUUCUCUGCUGGGCCACUUCCCUAAUAAGAGGGAGUUAGAGGACUGGAUCCAUAGCAAAUCCAGAGAGAUCAACACAAUGAGAGAGAAGCUGGGCAAGCUCAAUAAAGAUUUGGCAUCCAGAGAGCAGAAUAAGAGUCACUUUACAGCUGAGAUUCGUCGCAAAGAGCAGCAGCUGACCAGCUAUGAGGAGAAGCUCUUCAAUGUAUGCGGCAGUCAGGACUUUGAGUCUGACCUAAGCAAACUGCGGGAUGACCUGGAGAAAUGCUCCAAACAGAGAGCCAUGCUGGCGGGAGCCACGGCCGUGUACACUCAGUUCAUCAGUCAGCUAACUGAGGAAGGCGAGCCUUGCUGUCCGGUGUGUCAGCGCAUCUUUCCCUCUGAGGCCGAGCUCCAGGACGUCAUUAACGACAUGCAGUCCAAAUUGCGUCUGGUUCCCGAUAAGCUGAAGAACACUGAGCAGGACCUGAAGAGGAAGGAGCGCAAGCGUGAUGAGAUGAUGGCCCUCAAACCUCUCAGACAGUCUCUAGCGGAGCUGCAGGAGAAGGAACUGCCAGAGCUGAGGAAUAAGCUGCAGAGUGUGAACCGUGAGAUAGAGAAAUUAAAGGAGGACAUAGAAGAGCAGGAGACUAUGCUGUCCAUGUUGAUGUCAGAGGAGGACACAGCCAAGGCCUGUCUGCAGGACAUUUCCCUUAUGGACCGCUACCAGAUGGACCUGAAGGAUGUGGAGAGAAAGAUAGCUCAGCACGCGGCCAAGCUUCAGGGAGUGGAUCUGAACCGGACUAUGCAGCAUGUCAGCCAAGAAAAGCAGGAGACCCAGCAUCGUCUGGACACCACAUGCAGUAAGAUGGAACUUAAGCGCAAACUUAUCCAGGACCAGCAGGAGCAGAUCCAGACCCUGAAGAGCAGUGUGAAUGAAAUACGUGCAGAAAAGCUCCAAAUCUCCAGUAACAUGCAGAAGCAGCAGCAGCUGGAAGAACAGUGUGUGGAGUUAACCACUGAGAUUCAGGCACUGCAUAGAGAAAUACGGGAAGCAAAGGAGCAGGUGUCUCCACUGGUGGCCACUUUGGAGAAGCUCCAGCAGGAAAAGCAGGAGCUGAUUGAGAGGAGAAGGCAGAAGCAAGAUGAAGGCCAGGAAAGGAUUAACGCUACAAAGGACAGGAUUAAAAACUUGGCCAAUCUUGAAAGAGAAAUUAACAGGUAUAUUGAAGAGGGCAAGGAUGAGUACAAGGAGCAAAAAGAAGCUGAACUUCAGGAGACAAAUGCCCAGCUGCUUGAAGCUGAGAAACAACGGGAAAAGAUCAACAAGGACAUGGGCAAUAUCCGACAGGACAUAGACACUCAGAAGGUCCAAGAGCGUUGGCUUCAGGAUAACUUGACACUAAGAAAGCGUGUGGAGGAACUGAAGGAGGUGUCCAAGAAAAGGGAGGUCUUACUCAAGGAGAUGGGCAACAUGCAAGUCAUGGAGUUACGCAAUGAGCGUCGAGAGUUGGAGCGGAAGGUGGAGGAUUUGAAAAAGAACCGCAGUUUGGCGUUAGGCCGACAGAAGGGCUUUGAGGAGGAGAUCCUGCGCUUCCGCAAGGAACUCCGUGAGGACCAGUACUGCCAGGCCGAGGAGAGAUUCCGGGACAAGAUGAUAGUCAUGAGAACCACUGAGCUGGCCAACAAAGACUUGGACAUCUACUACAAGGCAUUAGACCAAACAAUCAUGAAGUUUCACAGCAUGAAGAUGGAAGAGAUCAACAAAAUAAUCCGAGACCUGUGGAGAAGCACAUAUCGUGGACAAGAUAUUGAGUAUGUGGAGAUCCGUUCUGAUGUGGAUGAGAAUGCUUCUGCUGGAGUCAAAAGACGCACAUAUAAUUAUAGAGUAGUGAUGGUUAAAGGAGACACAGCUUUAGACAUGCGCGGACGUUGCAGUGCUGGUCAAAAGGUGCUGGCCUCCCUCAUCAUCCGACUGGCACUGGCUGAGACAUUCUGUCUGAAUUGUGGCAUUCUGGCCCUGGAUGAGCCCACCACCAAUCUGGACAGAGAAAACAUUGAGUCCCUGGCCCACGCCUUGGUGGAAAUCAUAAAGAGUCGUUCUCGGCAACGCAACUUCCAGCUGCUCAUCAUCACCCACGAUGAGGACUUUGUGGAGCUACUGGGUCGCUCCAACUAUGUAGAGCACUUCUACAGAAUCAAGAAGAACCAGGACCAAUGCUCUGAGAUCACCAAGUGCAGCAUCUCAAGUUUAAACACCUACCUGCACUGAGGCCUCAGUUUCCACCAUGUCUCAACCUUGGAAGCACUGACUGGUUGUGGAGGGAACUGAACACUUUACAGAAAAGAGGGGCUGAACGUGGCAGUACAGAAGAAGGCACUUAAGGGAUAAUUCUGAGACUGGUGAAUUGCCGAAGCUAAAAAGGAAUGUAUACUGAAAAUAAUCAGUAAGCAAGCAAAAACCUGUAGUAUACUACUUGACAUAAACAUGCUCCGUUCUAGUUUGAAGAGAUGGUUUAUGUGGCUGGGAUUCUUUUUUGUUGUGCGCCAAAGACUUUGCUCCAUGCUUGCCAAGUCUAGAAGCACCCAAAUUCAAACCAGUUUGUCAAUUCAGAAUGCAGUGGGUUUUUGCCUGCACUUGUUCUGCUGUUGCCCUGCAUUUUGUUCUUUCUCGCUGUUUAAAAUGUAGUCUUGAUGUUCUGUUUUACUGCUAAACUGACAUUGGCUCUCUGGUGGAGCACUGAAAUUUCAUAUGCAAUAACAUAUGUAACUGAAUCACAUAGCUGUACAGAUGUGAUGCCAUGUGAGUGUAUUGCAGGGCAAAUUUCCGUUGCCCUAACAAUUUAUCCCAGUCAAAUUCCACUAUACUGUAUUCCACAUUUACCAUCCCUGUUUGAAAGCCUUUGCAUAGUUUGAAUAUAUGCAGUACAAAACUGGUUAAUCAGAGUUGAGUGCUACUAAUCUUGAUAGCACUUUUUUUUUUUGUUUUUUUUUAUAUAAAACACAGUUUGUAAAGCUGGGCUUGUGUACUUGCAUACCAUUUUGCCUUGAUUGAAAGUUAAAAGGUUCUACUGUUCAAACACUGUUAUAAGCUUCAUAAAAAGACAUGGCUUUAAAUAAUUAUUAAAUUUCAAUCAGUCAUGCUAUUACAGUAUGCAAUAUUGCUAGUAUGCUAUAUAUUUCUUUCUUUCUUAGCCAUAUUAGUUAAAGUAUUAGAACAAUAAUUAUUUAUCUGAAGCCACUAAAAGAAUGCUGUGCAUUCGGACAACCAAACAUGGUCAAGGGUUUUUUUAGUUUGUCUCAUCAGCACCCACGGCUCUAUCUGAAACCAUUGCAAUCUUUUUGCCAAAUUGUUGUUUAACUCUCAAUUCCGCUAUUCAGAGAAUUUGAAGCACCAUUAAGCGCGACCAGCGAACUAAUCAACCACAUCUUGAUCAAGAUUACCUCAGUGCGCUUCAUAGCCACUUAAUUUGUCAGCUCUUAAAUGCUUACUAUGCAGAACAUCAGAUUCUAAGAAAAAAGUUCAUAUCCGGGUUGUGCGUCUCUGCCUGCACAUAUAUAUAUGUGCACCUCGGCAAGUGUUUGAAUCACUUUCGGCUUCAGUCUUCCAUUGACAGUCAGAGUCCUUCCAAGCUAGGCUUCACCAAGCUGCUUCAACCAUGAAGACUGUGUUUGUGCUUUUCGCCAUUGCUGUUACAUACAUCUGUGGGGCUCCUAUUAAACAGUUCAAGGAGUUGAAGGAACAAGUAGACGAACUCCUGAAAAAAGUGCCCACGGAGCGGUUAGAUUCUAUCUUUGUGAUGGAAAUUGAAAAGCACAUAUUCAAUGAUUGCAAGCCGGAGUUUUUCUGUCAAGUUGAGAGUGUGCUGUCUGGCAAAGAGACGUUGUCCCAACUCUCUGAGUUUCAGAAAGUACAAGGCUUGCUCAGAAAUUUGAGUGCAUACAAACAGAAUCAUGUGAAAAACUGCAGCGUGGAAAGCACAGGGAAUGAAAUCACCCUGCAUUUGUUCCUCCAGCGCCUGAACAAAUGUGUCCAGAAAAAAAACUCGCAAGGCAAAUGAGCAGAGCUCUUCUCUUCUGAACAGUUUUUCUUUUAUAAUUUAUGGAAGAAGAUAUUUAUAUUUUCUUGUAAACCCCUAAAUCAAAUGCAUUUUUAUUUAUUUUUUGUUCUUAUAUGACAAAUAGUUUCCACAAUGUUCUUGGAGUAAAUGAAUUGCAGAAAUAAUGCCAUCGUUUUUGUCAUUGUCAUGAGAGCAGGUUUGCAUUAAAAACAGAUUAUUAAUAA